ACCAGCGUGUUGCGUAAACAGCACCAGCUGUCAGAAACGUCAUUAUGGCAACGGCAAUCAUGAACACCGUUCUGCGAAAAUCUCUCAGUUUUCUACCGGCCAAGACGUUUCUGAAGAACGCCCCGGCUUUAAUACACACCAGUUCCGUACAAAACGCGAAAUGGUACCCGGACGAGGAGUGGAUGUCGUCGUUCGACGGCCCGGUUAUGUACCCGGACGAGAACACGAAAAAUUGGGCUAUGCAGCCCUGGAAUGCUAAGAAAGCCCCAACGGAAAAGGAUGUGAAGAACAUCACGUUGAAUUUCGGGCCCCAGCAUCCCGCCGCUCACGGAGUGUUGCGUCUGGUGCUCGAGUUGGAUGGAGAAAUUGUCAAGAGGUCUGAUCCUCACAUUGGUUUGUUGCAUCGUGGUACUGAAAAAUUGAUUGAGUACAAGACCUACACUCAAGCUCUGCCGUAUUUCGAUCGUCUGGAUUAUGUGUCCAUGAUGUGCAAUGAACAGUGCUUCAGUUUGGCCAUUGAGAAGAUGUUGAACAUUGACAUCCCCUUAAGAGCAAAAUAUAUUAGAACGUUGUUUGCGGAGAUCACUAGGCUCCUAAACCACAUCAUGGCCAUUGGAACCCAUGCUCUUGAUGUUGGUGCUUUAACUCCCUUCUUCUGGCUCUUUGAAGAAAGAGAAAAAAUGAUGGAAUUCUAUGAAAGAGUGUCUGGCGCACGUAUGCACGCCGCCUACAUUCGUCCUGGAGGCGUUUCUCUGGACUUGCCCUUGGGCCUUAUGGACGAUAUCUACGAGUUCGCGUCGAAAUUCAACGAGAGAAUCGACGAGGUUGAAGACGUUUUAACCACCAACAGGAUUUGGGUGCAAAGAACAACUGACAUAGGCAUUGUAUCAGCUGAAGACGCUUUGAAUUACGGUUUCAGCGGAGUUAUGCUCCGAGGUUCUGGAAUCAAAUGGGACUUGCGUAAAGUUCAACCGUACGACGCUUACGAUUUGGUUGACUUCGACGUGCCAAUUGGUACGAAAGGUGACUGCUACGAUCGUUAUUUAAUCCGUCUGGAGGAAAUGAGGCAGUCGUUGAGGAUUAUCGAUCAAUGUUUGAACCAAAUGCCUGCCGGUGAAAUCAAAACAGACGACGCAAAACUCAUGCCACCUAGCAGAGCAGAGAUGAAAACUUCCAUGGAGGCUUUGAUUCAUCACUUUAAACUGUUCACUCAAGGUUACCAGGUGCCCCCUGGUGCCACUUAUACAGCCAUUGAGGCACCCAAAGGAGAGUUUGGUGUGUAUUUGGUUUCGGACGGCAGUUCCAGACCUUAUAGGUGUAAGAUUAAGGCUCCAGGUUUCGCUCACUUGGCUGCUUUAGACAAAAUUGGAAAGAACCACAUGUUGGCUGAUAUCGUCGCUAUUAUCGGUACUUUGGAUGUUGUAUUUGGAGAAAUUGAUAGAUAGAUUAAUUAAUCGUUUUAUAUGGAUAAGAAUAAAUUAAUUAUGAUUUAAUUGUAUUAGGUAUGUUAAGUACCAAACACUGUAAAUAAAUAAUAACGAUUUA